CUGGCCGGUACCACCUGAAGGAGGAAGGAGGGGGGGGCGAUGGGCUCGCAGCGGGCCGGAUUCAUCUUUCGCCCCCUCUGGCGUCUCCCAUUACCCUGAUGGCUCAGAGGCCACCGUCGGUCCACCUAGUGACUGCUUUGAUCUCAUGCCAUCGUUUGCACGAUAACGUCUUACUUCCGGCCAUUCGGUGAAAUGAAAAAGCAGCAACGAUAUAGCUGACCAGCUGAUGUUGAAUCCCGUGACUCAGAUUUCCCUUGUCAUCAGACAGAACACUGACCAGCUCACGGAGAAACUCAAGGUGCGCUUCCAGGAUAGGAUGGAUCUUUGGGAGGAGGUCGAGGCCAAACUCACUCGGGAUAACCACAUCCCCGUCGUCAAAAGCUCUAACAAGGAGGUCGCAUCCAUUCUGAACGAGCUCAGGAGAGUUCAAAGACAACUCGAAGUCAUCAACACCAUCAUGGAACCCAGCAGGAGGCCUGAGCAGGACAAGUCCUCCGCACGCCCCACCGCUGCAGCCCGCUCGUCGAGGGCCGACCCCCGGGACUGGAGGACCACCCACUCGGCGUCUCACCGCGGCGGAGGGAACAGGCCCGGGGAGAGCGUGAGGAGGACUGCCGUGACCCCCGAUGACGCCAGAGAUGGAUAUGUGGUUUGAGGUUCCGAUACCAAGGGAGCGGUUCCUCCUUUUUACUCGCCACACUGCGCUUCUUUCGCCGUCGCCACCGCAGACCUCCUCAAAACCCCCUGCUACAGGUGUAGGAAAGCACCGCUGGGGGGGAAGUGAGAGUCGCUCCCCCGGACAGCUGCAUGUUAAAACAACACCGCACACGAGGGGUGACAAGGCCUGCAGCAAACAUGUGGACAUGGCGCAAUCAAUGGAGGAAAGACGACAACGUUAACCGUCACGCGUGUUUGUGUGUCCGUGCCAUGUUACCUCCAUCCCCCUUUUGUUUUCUAAAGGGGCUUCAAAACUAUACUUGAUUUAUCUGACAUGGUGUCAGUUGCCAGUGACGCUGCCUUGCACAGCACAAACACUACAUGAUUUAAAAACCAGCGUGAAUGUAAUCAACUCUUGCACACAAAGCAGCAAUCACCUGCUAGGGCUGUUGUAAUCGAUAUAGAGAUGUUUUAUAGUAGUACCAUUUUUGUGGAAUAUUUCUUUGCGGAACACGUAUACUAUUUUUCGAUUGUAAAAAGUAUUUAUUGUGCUACUUUAAGCUCUGAACAUAUGUCAAUUUAUAAGAGAAUUUGAUAAACGAAUAGACAGUAAUCGAAAUGUAUCUAAAAUAGUGCCAGACCACAGAUUUCUACAUGAUCUGACAAAAAAACAUGAAUGCAAUGGGUUCUCUUCAGAUUAGGGGUCUACUUUGCAUGCAGCAUUUCCGUUUCUCUCCCAGGCUGCGGUGAAAUUCUCUGUGGAAUGUGGGGAUGAGAGGAAUGAAGAAGCUUAACGUUAGACUCGAACACGGAUGUUUAGUCACAAGGCAACAGCAAUCCCCACAAGCCUCUCAGGCAUUCCUCAGCUCCACCACUUGGAACAAGAUGGCUUUUGCUUUCAGCCUGCAUCUGGUAUCGUUUCUUUUAUAGUAAUAGGGAUUAUUAUUUGUUAUAUUUGACAUACAACACAAUUAGUGGCACAAAGAUUUGGCCAAAGGUAGUGUUGGAAAAUAUUCUCAGGCAUCCCAUAUUCUGUUUCCUAGUGGCUCUCCGAGCAUUUUCUCUUCACCCUUAAGGGUUACUUUGGCCAGAAUUGUCAUGACAGAGAUUUUCUACACCAUGUGUCUCACUUGAAUGUGGGCCAACAGUUAAUAUGAUUUUUUUGUGUCUUUAUUGGUCGGAUUGGCAUUAAAUGUCAUUUAACUCUAACGUUACCUCUCUUGAUUGCACUAAUGUAAGAUUCCACUUGGCUUCAUAGAGUGAACUUCCAAGUUAAAGCCACUAUGCCAAUUCUUUGUGAGGAAGUUUCAUUUCCCAAUCAGAACAUGAUCUUUGUUGUUAUGAUUGAAGGCAGCAGGGGGCACGAACACAUGCUUUCAACUUCCCAAAAUUGUUUCGUCCACCUACAUAUGAUUCUAAUUUGGGUUUCCUCUAAAUAUUUCAAAGCAUUUUUGGCAUUGUUUAUGACUGUACUUGCAAUCAUUGUUUACAAAUGAGAUGAGCAAAAGAAUGACAGACAUUUGUAUUGCUCUGCUCUGACUCAAUGCUGCUAUUUCUACUUGGGAGAGAUGGUGCCCGCAAUUUUUUCAUCUACACAAUGGAAAUAGGCGGAGAUUGAACUCAGCCUCGUUAAUGUAAAUCCGUUCUACAUCCACUUUAGGCCCACUUUUGUACAUCACUGGCCGUUUCUUGUCCGUCAACCUUGAACUUGUUAUCUUUAAUGUUUAGUUUUUUUGAUGUCCUUGAUAAUUAAGAUCUGGUUACACACUUUCUUCCUUGAAAUACCCUUUUUUUCAAAUAAAUAAUUAUUAAAUCGGUUAA